AUGGCGUUGAUGAGUAAAAUGGCGCCGACGGCGGCCUGCGCCUGUCGCAACGCCUUUUUGAAGCCAUCAAAUAGUCUUAUCCCUGCUAUUCGAGGCUCGCACGCUGCGGUAUUCCGUAAACGUCCUGGACAACUCAUUGUCAACAGAAUCAAGGACGUGUGCCAUUUCUAUUUCAUUGGAAUUGGUUUCCUCCCGGUGCUUUUCUGCCUUGCUUACAACCAUAUUGUCUACGGAACCUGUGAGCUGAAAGACUAUCCAACAGAGGGACCUGCUCCACAUCACUGGCAGUUUGAGCGAACCCCAAUUCGUCAAUGGUGGGCAAAAUGGUUCGGAGUGUCUGAUGUUGAGCAUCACGAAAGAAACCUUGCUUAUUACGAGAAGCAGGGAAUUAUUGCUAGAUGGAGACAAAUCGAGCAACGUGUGAAGCAUCUUGAAGGAGAACGAUGGGACUAUAAAGGCUGGAGCUAUCAGCCAGUUUCCUCUACCUGGGUCGAUUACGGAAGAUGGCAUGCUCUGCGUAUGAGAGAUCAAUACGAGCAACACGGACACUAUGCUCAGUAA